AAAGAACUCUUCCGUCUUCCUUUUCUCCUUCCCAUUGAACGAAAACACAAACCCCAGCAUCAACAACAGAAGGAUCGAGACACAGAUUCAAGUGGGCCAUCAUCAGCACCUUGUAAUUGGACGGUGUGGAUGGAUUGAGUAGAUCGAGGGAAUGGCGAAGCUGUACGUGCAGACGGUACCCCCACCGGAUCUGAACAAGAAUACGGAGUGGUUCAUGUACCCGGGCGUUUGGACGACAUACAUUCUCAUCCUCUUCUUCUCAUGGCUCAUCGUUCUCUCUGUCUUUGGCUGUACACCUGGCAUGGCCUGGACCAUCGUCCAUCUCUGCCAUUUCCUUGUAACUUACCACUUCUUCCAUUGGAAGAAGGGAACUCCAUUUGCCGAUGACCAGGGCAUCUAUAAUGCCUUGACUUGGUGGGAGCAAAUUGACAAUGGCAAGCAACUCACUCGAAAUAGAAAGUUUUUGACUGUCGUACCAUUGGUGUUGUACUUGAUAGCCUCACACACAACAGACUACCAACAUCCAAUGCUGCUCCUCAACACCCUUGCUGUGAUUGUACUGGUGGUCGCCAAGUUCCCCAACAUGCACAAGGUCCGUAUUUUCGGAAUCAAUGCAGACCAAUGAGUGUUUGGUAUUAAGGAAAGACGGUUAGUUUCCUCUGUAAAAGCCCUUUGAUCCUCUUACUCGAUGGUUGUCUAUGUACAGAAGCUGGAAUGGAAGGGUAUUGUUUUUCGUUUUAUGAAUGAGAAUUUUAUGCUGAUUGCUUUACUAUUUCUGUUUGAUACAAAAAUAAUAAGUGUAUUCCAUUUGUGUAGCUCAUAAGAUCUGAUCCACUCCUUUUGAAGGGCUUACCAUAUUGUUAUUGUUUGGAACA